AUGCCUGGACGAACAGAGGCGCAGGAGGUGGACAUGCACGACGUCCCGACGUCUGCUCAGGACGAGGUCGCCCAGGAUGCCGAAAUGCGGGAGGAUGCCGAGGCCGAGGAGGAAGAGGAGGAGGAGGAAGUUGAGCCUCAGCGAGUGCGAAUUCUCCCUGGUUCGACGGACACGGCGGCUUCAUUUGAGUUUACUGAUGAGGGCCAUACGCUGGGCAAUGCCCUGAGAUAUGUCAUUAUGAAAAACCCUGAUGUCGAGUUUUGCGCCUACUCCAUUCCCCAUCCCUCUGAGCCCAAGAUGAACAUCAGAAUACAAACAUACGAUGGAACGGCCGUCAACGCCCUUAAGAAGGGCUUGAGCGACCUCCAGGACGUGUGCGACGUGGUCGCCGAGGAGUUCUGGACAAAGAGGCAGCAGUUCAACGCAGAGCAGGGCAUUGACCGAUGA